AUCAAUUUUCCCCAUCUACCGCGAAACGUAAUACUUCUACUUAUCUUUAUCUGUAUUUAUGCCUCUUGAAUUGAUUGUCAAAGAGCGUUUAGGUGCUUUCAUCAACAUAGAUAUUUAAUUUGGUGACAAUGUUACUGCUAUCGGAUAUUAUUUACGUUGCCAUGUUGCUGCAACUAUGCUUGUCAGAUCUUGUUUUUGCCUCAAAGCCCAAACCAGUGGAUCUCAAAUAUUCUUGUUUAAGAUUAAAACAAGAACUAGAAAAAGUUGAUGAUAUUCCAAUUAUUCUAAUUCAUGGUUUAGCAAGUGGGAAAGAAACUUGGAAUGGUGUUAAAGAGGUUUUAGCUUUAAAAACUUGGAAGGAGGUUUGCGUCGUAGAUUUACGAAAUCACGGAGAAAGUCCUUGGAGUGACGAGGUUGAUAUUGGUGCUAUGGCGGAAGAUAUUAUACACUUGUUGGAUGAACUUGAAGUUAAGAAAGCCAUUUUGAUUGGACACAGCAUGGGAGGAAAAACCUCAGUCCAUGCCGCUCUUAAUUAUCCCGACAGAGUUGACCAAUUGAUCGUUGAAGACAUGAGACCAAACGGUUUGAGUGCUGAAAGCUUGCGUCAAGUGGUUUUAUUCGCUAAUGUUCUGAAUAAUGCGACCGAUUUAACCUCAAGGAGUCUCUGAGAAAGAAGGCAAAAAAAUAUUUAUGGAACGUUUGAAUGACCGAUUAAGGGUGGUGAACUCAUUCGUAUCAUUUGACAAACCUGAUACGGUUCCCAUCAAAUGUUCAAAUCUUAAGUGCCAAUGGAAAAUGAAUCCUGCCCUCUUUCGAAAGCUUUUAAAUGAUAUUAAGGAUGUAUGGAUUCCAAGCUCUGGUCGUUUCGAUAAACCGACACUUUUUAUUUAUGGUGCGGAAUCGGAUUUUAAAGUAGAAGAAGAUGAAAGCAAUAUCAAGAAAUUAUUUCCUAAUGCACAGAUUAUUGGAGUAAAGGGAGCCGGACAUGGUGUGCAUGGACAUCCAGAGUUUGCAGAUGAAGUCAUCAAGUUCAUCAAAAAAAAUAAAGAAUCAAAUUUUUAAUAUUAUAGUUAAUAAUAUAAAAAUAUUUGUUUUUAUGACUUUUCUUGAGUAAAAAAAUAAAUAAAUAUCAUCUUCACUCUUUUUCAUUAUCUAAAAUGAAUCAGUACCAACUACUGAAAUCUUUUAAUCUUAGUAAUAAAUUACUUCCAUAUUGUUUCAGUUUGAGAUAUUGUAUUGUAAAAAUGCGUCUUAUAUUCAAUAAUGAUAAUUUUGUCUUUCUUAUUUAAGCAUUUUUAAUUUAUUCAGUAUGCUUCAUAUUUAUGAAGGUAGAAAUGUUCAUCAUUUUUUCAACUACUGAUUGAUACCCCUGAAAUUUUUUAUAGUUGUGUAGGUUUUUUAAAAUUUUUAGUGUUAAUAAAAAUUGUUUUUAAUUGCCAAUAAAAACAAAGGGUUACUU